GGCGGCGGCGGUCGGGGGGGCCGUGCCAAGAUGUCGACGACGGCGGUGCCGGAGCUGAAGCAGAUCAGCCGGGUGGAGGCGAUGCGCCUGGGGCCCGGCUGGAGCCACUCGUGCCACGCCAUGCUGUACGCCGCCAACCCGGGGCAGCUCUUCGGCCGCAUCCCCAUGCGCUUCUCGGUGCUGAUGCAGAUGCGCUUCGACGGGCUGCUGGGCUUCCCCGGCGGCUUCGUGGACCGGCGCUUCUGGUCGCUGGAGGACGGACUGAACCGGGUGCUGGGCCUGGGCCUGGGCUGCCUGCGCCUCACCGAGGCCGACUACCUGAGCUCGCACCUGACCGAGGGCCCGCACCGCGUCGUGGCGCACCUGUACGCGCGGCAGCUGACGCUGGAGCAGCUGCACGCCGUGGAGAUCAGCGCGGUGCACUCGCGCGACCACGGCCUGGAGGUGGGGCCGCCGCCCGGGCCCCGCCCCCCGCCCCGGGGUUUGGCUCUGGCCCCGCGGAAGGCACCGAUGGGUGCUGGGGCUGGUGCGCGUCCCGCUGUACACGCAGAAGGACCGGGUGGGCGGCUUCCCCAACUUCCUGAGCAACGCCUUCAUCAGCACGGCCAAGUACCAGCUGCUCUUCGCCCUCAAGGUGCUCAACAUGAUGCCCGAGGAGAAGCUGGCUGAGGCACUGGCCGCGGCCACCGAGAAGCAGAAGAAGGCCCUGGAGAAGCUGCUCCCUGCCCCCUCUUCUUCCUGAGGCUGCGCUGGCCACCGAGGUGGUCACCUUCCCUGCCGAGCUGGGCGAGCCACCCCUUUCCCCAUGCGUGUUUGCCAGCGUGUCCACGUGUGCCCCGUUCGACCGCGGUCUGGACAGGGGCGCCGGGUGUUAGCCUUGCCUUCCACGCAGCCCUCCUCGGGGGAGGCUCUUCCCAGGCUGGCGGAGGCCCUGGUUCUCUGUGGGCAGUGCACACUUCCGGGUCUCCUGGGGUCGGUUUGUUCCCGUGGGGGACAAGGCUCGUCCGGGGACCCUGUCCUGCCCUGCUGCUGGCUUUGCUGGGUUUGUGUUCUUGCCCACGUGACCCAAGGAGGCUGCAGACCAGCCCUGCCCCUCUGGGGCUUGGUCCCUAGGCGGUGCCCAACUGCAGAGGCAUUUGGAGGGAUGGAGAGUAAAGUGGUUUCUCUGCU